AAUCGCGGCGCGGCGCGCGAGUGAGGCGCCACUUCCCUCCCCUCCUUCCCCCCCCCACACAGAGCGGCUGUCGCGACACGCCUCCCUGUCGUCGUGACUGGGGGGGGGCUGUCGUGGGUCGUGGGGCGCUGCUCGGCUCGCACCGCCUCCCGCGGCACCGAGGGGCGCGCAGCCGCGGUCGCGCAGACACCCGCAUCUCUCUGCAUGCGGCUCGGCUGGCCGCACCCGCACCGGGCGGAUACCAUGGAGAGACCCGCAGCGUAAAACCUGCGCCUGACUGAAGCCAUGGCGUCCUCAGCGAGCUUAGACGCUGGGGCGCAGCUGAUUGUGGAGGAAUGCACCGCUAGCUACAGCCUCCCCCCCAUGCCGGACAUCAAGGUGGAGCGUCAGCUGGACUCCAGCACGGAGGAAGGUCAAAUGCAGAGCGUCACCAUGGGCAUGAAGUUCAUUUUGCCCAAUAGAUUUGAUAUGAACGUCUGCUCGCGGUUUGUGAAGUCUCUGAAUGAGGAGGACAGUAAAAAUAUUCAAGAUCAAGUUAACUCCGACCUCGAAGUGGCAUCUGUCCUAUUUAAAGCUGAAUGCAACAUCCAUACUUCUCCUUCCCCUGGUAUCCAAGUAAGGCACGUUUAUACUCCAUCAACUACAAAGCAUUUCUCACCAAUAAAACAAUCAACUACCCUAACUAACAAACAUAGGGGAAAUGAAGUGUCUACAACACCUCUGCUUGUAAACUCUUUAUCAGUUCACCAGCUGGCUGCUCAGGGAGAAAUGUUGUAUCUGGCCACGCGUAUUGAACAAGAAAACGUAAUCAAUCAUAAGGAUGAAGAAGGAUUUACCCCUCUGAUGUGGGCCGCAGCUCAUGGGCAGAUAGCAGUAGUGGAAUUUCUCCUCCAGAACGGUGCAGAUCCUCAGAUUUUGGGGAAAGGGCGAGAAAGUGCCCUCUCACUGGCUUGCAGUAAAGGAUACACAGAUAUUGUGAAAAUGCUGCUUGACUGUGGAGUUGAUGUCAAUGAAUAUGACUGGAAUGGAGGAACACCUCUGCUAUAUGCAGUGCAUGGGAAUCAUGUGAAAUGUGUAAAAAUUCUUCUUGAAAGUGGUGCUGAUCCAACUAUUGAAACAGAUGCUGGUUAUAAUUCCAUGGAUUUGGCUGUAGCCUUGGGCUAUCGCAGUGUUCAACAGGUUAUUGAGUCACAUCUAUUACGGCUACUUCAGAGUAUCAAGGAAUAAGAGCUGGCUCUUCUGUGGCUGUCAGUUCUCGUCUUGGAGAUUUAGAUUUCUUUUUAGCUCUGUCAUGAGUGACAAGGGUUGUUUUGUAAAUUUACCUCAGUAAAACUAUGUGCUGUUUUUAGUUAAGCUUUUAAAUAUGCUUCCUCUUUCAUAGAAAUGUUUGGUGUCAUCCUUUUUCUUGAAGAUAUUUUAUAUAACUUUGAAAGAAAAGAUUGUUUGUCUUGCAUGAAAAAAAAAAAAAACAAGUUUGACCGUGUAAAUGUUCAUACGGAGUGCAUUGGGUGAUGCUGUGCCAAGAGUACUACCUGAUCUUGUCAUUGAUAUGUAUUCACGAGAAGACAAUAAUUUAGAUACUGAGAUAUAUCACCAUAGAAUAUAGAUCUCUUUACUGUUAGUGGUACCUGUUUGUGAUCGUUUUCAAGAUCCUCAGUUAGUAUUAUUGUGUCAGCUUUUGUCUUUGUAUGAUUUUUAAGAAGUUAUUAAUAAAUUGAAAGACUUUGAUGGUA